AUGUUCCCCGGCCGUGGCGACAACAUCAAGCGCGAGAAGGCGGCCGCAGUGGUGGGAGGCCCGCACGCGCACAGCAACGGCUGCGCCGUGUGCGGCUCGGACCAGAACGGGGACAGCAUCCUGCUCUGCGACGGCUGCGACGGCGAGUACCACACGUACUGCCUCGUGCCGCCGCUCACGGAGAUCCCGGCCGGAGACUUUUACUGCAAGAAGUGCACGGACGCCAACCUGGCCAAGCAGCGCAAGGCCGCGGCCCUCGGCGGCGCUAACGCUGCUGCUUCAGCUGCUGCUGCAGCCCCAGCCUCUGCUCCCACUAGUGCUGCUGCUGGCACCCCCGCUGCUACGGCCGCGGCCAUUGCAGCCGCCACCGCGCCCAAGCCCACGAUCCUCAUGAAGGAGUCCAAGUACAGAGGCGUGUCCAAAGUGUCCAUGAAGGGCGUCAAGAAGCCCUUCGUGGCCAAGCUCUGGCAGGGCUCCAAGUACCUGCAGCUCGGCACCUUCGGCAGCGAGAUCGAGGCGGCCCACGCCUACGACAAGGCCGCGCUCAUGCACUACGGCAAGAGCGCGCAGCUCAACUUCCCGCACCUGCACGACAGCUUCAUCCGCCCCGAGGUCGCCUUCAGCGUGCGGCCGCCCAACCCGAGCGUCGCGCCUGCAGCACCCGCUGCCACUCCGUCCCUGGCACACCACGCAGACCUGUACCCGUCUCCUGGACGCGGGCGGGGCCGUGGACGUGGGCGCGGCCGAGGUCGUGGGCGUGGCAAACGCUCCCAGGAAUCCCCCGACGCGCAUGCGGCCGCUGCGCACUUGGAAGCUAAGCGUCGCAAGAUGGAAGAGGCGGCUGGAGCCCAGGAGAAGGCCUCGGGCGUGCCAGCCAAAAAGUACCUGGGCGUGCAGGUGCACCGCGUGUACGCCCACGCCCAGAUCCACGUGAACGGUAAGGUCGUCAACCUGGGCACGUUCCCCACGGCCAAGGAUGCAGCGAUGGCGUACGACAAGGCGGCACUGAAAUUCUUUGGUGGCCCGGUCGGCUCCAGCGACGCUCGCCCCGACGAAAUCGUUCUCAAUUUCCCUGAGAAGCGAGACGAGUUUUUGAAGCAAUUGCUCGAGGAAGAGAAGCAGAAGAUGGCGCGACAGGCCAGCGGCUCGAGCUAUGCGAGUCGUAGUGCGCAGAACGCCAAGUACAACCUGUCCAUCAUGAAGCUGAACGCCUGGAUGUCGAAGCUGCAGCGAUCGGUGAAGAUGGUGGAGGCCUCGCAGAGAGUGCAGUGGGGUCUGCAUCCCGAUGCUGUGCAAAGUGAGGAGGAUCAAGAGGAAAAGCAAGAAGAAGAUGCAACAGAUGAAGUUUCUGCACUGGUGAAGACGGAGAUUUUCGGCUCUGGACCUACGAUCAAAAAGGAGUUCACGACGCGGGACCAGAAAUUGAGACAGAGCAAAACCGAGAUCCAGAAUGCGGUCGCGCUGAUGAUCGAAGAGCUCAAGAUUUACGCGGCGGACUCUCCUGUAGACCCACUUUUCCUGGCCCCACCGCGCUGUGCACCUAUUCUCGACUUGUUGUCUACGUCGCGGCAUCUGAAGUUGAUUAGUGCGAUUAAUGACCUUGCGCACCUCAAAGUUAAAGUGGAUGGGAAAGACUCAGCCGCGGCAGUUGACGGCCAGUUCGAAAGCAAGCUGCAAGCUGUUGUCGACUAUCGUGCCCGAUUGCAAAUGUCGAGCAACAACGAGAAGCAGAAACUGGCAAAUUUUAUGCGCGAUUUGGAGAGCGUGGUGCUACCUGCUCCGAGUAGCACCGGAGCUCCAGCUGCUGUUGUCGGUACUGCCCCCGUUUCGACGGAUGUUGUGCCUCAGGCGACGAAAAAGACCGACCUUCUGAAAACUGCCAAGUACGUGAAGCGAAAAGUGUUCAUUUCUAAGCCGGCCAAGCCAGCAAGCGUUGCAGACGAUGUCGAGCCAAAGGAGCCGCUUGACCAGGCCAGUCAGAAGGAGGGAAUUAGUAAAGAAGCGGCCGCGAAUAAUGCAUCAGAGGCAGAUGUGAAGACGGAAGUUGUUAGUGCCGCGGAGCAACAACAAACUGAAAGCUCCACUGACGCGACACCUGCGAAGGAAAACGAGACUACAGCGGAUGCGGAGGUGAAGGGUGCGAAUGCUGGUGAAGUCGAUGGCGGUGAGAAGUCACAAACGGAUGCUGCUGGUACGGCAGUAUCGCAAGAUACUGCUAAUGAUGAUGCGGCCGAGGAGGCAAAGGAGGUUGCUUCCACUGAUACUCCUGACGAAGGCAAACCUGAAGAGAAGGAAUCCAAGGAGGAUAAGGAAGAAGCAACUGCAGCUGAGGCCAAUGGUGAAAAGGCAGAUGAGGACAAGUCUGAGACGAAGACCACAACAGAAACUGACUCGGACGAGCAGAAGUCAGCAGACAUUGCUGAAGAGAAAGGGAACGCAGAGACACCAGAGGUCGACGAGACUGGCGUGGAAAACACGGAGGAUGGUAAAUCCGAAGACGCCGCUUCUUCUGAAAGAAAAGCAUCCAGUGGCGAACAUGAACCAGUCGCUGCGAAGAAGGACGAUGAUGUGGUGAUGGAAGACGCUGCUGAGACUUCGGCAUCAAAUGCCCUGGUUAUCCCGCAACAGGAUGAAUUUGAAUGGCAAUUCUGCCUGGCUGUUCAGGUGCCACCCGUGAAGGACAGCCCCACAGCAACAGAAGACGUGUGGCGCUUGCUCCCUCUAUCAAGCAACAACCAGUUGGGUGAGUUUGUGGAGGACGUCUUCUUGACUGAAAAGGAGGUCUCGGACAUGGAAGUUGCAGAGGAGGAAGUAUGCUCCUCUUCAGCUGCUCCUGACGGCAAAACUGCGUGGAUGGAGCACUUGCGGCAGCUGCAUGUUGAGGAGAGCCAAGUGAGGCAGCAAAUUCAGCGUGAAACCAACCACCAGCACGCGUUGCAAGGCAUCAUGAAGAUCGAACAAGACCGACUCAAUGGCGUUUCGGUAGUGUAUCGCGAAGCUAUGCAAAAACUGGACGCUAAAACUUCGCUGGCAUUGAAGAACCAUGCGCGUGUGAGCCAGGAUGCGCAAUUGGUGAAGUUGAUGCAGCACUCCUUCAACCCAAUUCUGGGUGACUUGCUCGACAAGUGCGAAGACGCACUGUUGAAUUGUUUCCGCAAACUAUCUCUGCGGUUUGAGGACUUCGCUCAAGAAUUUGAGUACUAUCGCAACGCGUUGCUCAGUUUAAUGCGAUCGCCAGGGAAGGAUGUUCCUGCGGUGAAGGGUGAUGCCAGCCCAGUUGAUGCUGCGGAUCUGGUUAUGGAUGAUGACAGCGUGACAAUCAAGCGUGAAAACAUCGCGAAGGUAACGAGCGAGAUUGCUGAUACUGAUCCAGCAGCAUCACCGGAAGUUGUGGAGCUUGUCGACGACAGUGAAGCCAUUGCGACCGAAGAGGGAGAUGAGUUUGACCAGUUAGGCGACAGCUCGGGGUUGCGUGAAGCUUAUAUUACGUUUUACAUGGGCGAAAUGGAGGCUUUGUGGAAGGAGCGGAGUUCUUCGCUCGAAAUGGUGCAAGCUAUCCAGCGUUCUUUGCUCAAUAAUGCGCUUGAAGUGGCGUCGCCUGCUAAGGCUGUGGUGCCGCAGAGGCCAUCAAAGACAAAGACGUCUGACGACGUUGAGAUGAAGGUAGAGGACGAAGCUGCUGAGGAGAAGACGGAUGAGUCUGAAACCGAAGCUCAGCCCGAGGAUAAAGCAACCGAGGCCACCUCAGUGGAGAAGUCACAGGAAGCUGCAAACACUCCCGCGGAGACCGAAAAAGAGGCGGAUGUGAAGUCGGAUGCUAGCACUGAAGUCGUCGUGAAAACGGAGCCCCAGGAGGAAUCCGGUAAUUUCCGGCGGGAACAGGAGUUGCGUGAAGCGGUCGAAUCGUGCUUAGCGCAGUGGCAGCGUAUUCAGUGGCCGGAGGAGCUGAACUCGACGUUCUUGGCACCCACAACUCCUACUUCAUCGAACGAACCUGCAGCGAUCAAGAGUGAGCUGAUCAAGACACAGUCUACAAUUGGAGCAGACGGCGAUGAUUCAGAGUACGAGUCGCCGUACAGCGUGAUGGACGAGCUGAAGCGUGUGAUGAUCGACUUGACACAAGAUCAGGUGGUCCCAGUCCCACCGCCAGUUGAGCCAACGACACUGGUGGUGUAUCACCCUGUGUUCAUUAACCACCAGACGCCAAAGAAUCACCCCGAGUGCCCCGAACGCAUGGAUCGUGUUGUGAGCAUCCUGAAUACACUGGUCAAGAAACACCAAGAUACUUUGAAGCUUGACCGUCUCUCGAUGUCUCCCGAAGAGUUGUGCCCGCCCGAAACUACGCUCCUGAUGGUGCAUUCGCCAACUUACUUGCGGCAGAUGAAGCAGCGGUCCAUUGAGGCCGGGUCGCAGACAGCCUCUUCUCCCACGGCAUCGUCGCCAUCGUCGCGCGCUUUGGUCUUCGAGUCCGACUCGGGUAUCCGCGAAGACGCACCCAAGCGAAGAGGCAGAAAGAAGGCCGCGCUGGUUGGCGCCUUUGGCGCUGCCAGUCUCGAGCAGAAUGGAAUCACGUUGGACACGUUCGUGAGCAGCAAGUCGUGGGACGUGGCCCGUGCAGCUGCAGGCACCGUGUGCCUUGCGGUGGACCGUGUUGUGCGCAAGGAGUACCAUAACGCCGUGUGCCUGGUGCGGCCACCGGGCCACCACGUUGGCCGUCACGGCCGGACGGAAACUGCCCCAUCCUCGGGCUUUUGCUUACUGAACAACGUGGUGAUCGGUGCGACGCACGCGCGGCUGUACCCGUGGAUCCGGAAGGUUGCGGUGCUUGACUGGGACAUUCACCACGGAAACGGCACCGAGGAGCUGCUGAAGGACGACCCGGACGCCUUCUUCGCCUCCAUCCACCUGUACUCGUCGGGGAAAUACUUCCCAGGCACGGGGAAGUCGUGCGAGACGGGCAACCUGAUCAACGUGGCCCUCGAGAACACAGGCGCGGGCAGCGGCUCGCUCGCCUUCCGGUCCGCGCUGGAGUCGAAGGUGCUGCCGGCCAUGAGGGCGUUCCAGCCGGACAUCAUCUUCAUUUCGGCCGGCUUCGACGGCCACCGUGACGACAUUCUGGGCGGCGUAGCCGCCGUCAACAACCCCAACGUGCCUGCCGGCUACGUGGAGGAGGACUACGCGUGGGCGACACUGGAGGUGCUCAAGCUUGCGGCCGAGGUGUGCGAUGGCCGCGUGGUGUCUGUGCUGGAGGGCGGCUACGACGUGCGCCGGGAGACCAACUCGCUGGCCAAGUCUGUGGCGGCCCAUGUGGCGGCCAUCUCGGCCUUCGAAGCGGCCCGACGGAAUAUGGACAGCAGCGCCACGGGCGACGUGGAGAUGAAGGAGGAGGAGGCACCUGACGCCGCGGCCACUGACGACAGCAGCGCCGCCGCCAUCAAGACGGAGCACCCAGUCAAGACGGAGCCUGUGGGUCUGCUGGAGAAGCUGCUGGCCACGGACCUCACGGACGGCAACGUGAUCAUCAUCGACGACGAGGAGAACGAGGAGGAGGGCGGCGAGGCGGCCCACGACGGCGUGCACGACGGUGACGACGUUGAAGACGAAGACACUGGCGAGGACGACGAGGAAGACGGCGAUGGCAAUGGCGACGGCGACGUGGCGAUGGAGGACGCUGAGCCCGAGGAGAAGAGCGGGCAGGCCAUGGAGGUGGCCGACACCCGUUGGCGUAUACCCGAAAUGAGCGACCCGUUCUACCUGGCCGACAUCCUGCUGGGGCGCGUGGGCGUGCUGCGCUCCACGGCCGAGAGCAUCAUCCUGGAGCUGUGCGAGGCGCAGGCCAAGCUCGAGCCCGGCCAGGCCGCGGACGACGCGCUGCGCCUCGCCAUCAAGAACAAACUGGAGCGCGUGCAGACGAACCUCAAGCUGCUGCGCAAGCUCGUGCCCGAGUUCGACGGCAAGACGAAGCCCAUCGAGAGCGUGAACCAGACGCACCGCAACCUCAUGCUCGAGUACCACUGGAAGAACCAGGUGCAGGACAUGGGCGCCAAGGCGCAGGCCGUGUACCUGGAGCAGCUGGGCGGCGCCUUCCCGCGGCUCGAGAUGCUGGGCGACGUGCGCUGCCCGCCCACGCCCAGCAGCCUCUUCGUGCCCAAGUCGCACAAGCGCAGCCGGGUCUUCGACCCGUACGGAGAGAAGCAACCCGCCACGCUCAACGAGAUGAUGGACUACAUGAUGGCCAAGAACCGCAAGCUCAAGUUCUUCAAGCAUGCCGAGACCACGCGCGGCGGCCGCCGAGUCAUCAAGUCCAUCAAGUGCGAGAUCAACAAGGAGGUGACGGUGCAUCUGAGCUUCUGCCCGCCCAUCCCGGAGAGCGGCCCCAGCGGCGAGUCGGGCGUGGCCGCGAGUCCCAUGACGCCGUCCACGCCCACGUCUCCGGCCUUUGCCAGCGGCCGCCUGCGCAGCACGCGCAACAAGCACAAGAAGCAGCAGCAGCAGCUCGUGAAGAAGAAGAAGGGCGACAUGCUCACCAAGGCCAAGCUCGCCGCCGAGGAGGCCACCAAGAUGGAGAUGGAGGAGCUCAAGACGCGCAUCGCGGAGGCGCGUGAGGCCAUCAAGGAGCAGGAGCAAGCGCGAGCUGCUGGACUGCAGGUCACCAAGUACAUUCAACGACUGUCCAUCUUCCCGUACAACGAGGACGCUCCUCUCGGCGCGUGGUCCGAGUCCUCGCACAACCUUUUCCGUCUGGUCACGCUGCACGGGCGUAAGGCGCUGGAUCACUUCCGCAAGCAGCACCCGGAAACUUGCUUCUACCACCUCUUCACGUGGCUCGGCUACUACGACAAGAUUUACCAGACGCCGUGCUCGUUCUGCAAGAAGCUGCUCGCCAAGGAGAGCGAGGAGUGGGCCUACGUGCCUCCGUCCUUCCGUGACUACGCGAACGGCCAGGCCUUCCACUCCAAGUGUCUACCCAUCGAGUAA